CGGCUCCUGUCCUGCGCUGAUUGGCUCAGGCCCGGAAGCGGACAGCGAGGACUGAAAGUUGUACUGCGGUGCGUGUGCUUCCCAGUUCUCUGGUGCUGCUAUAGGAGGGACGUGGGGUCCCUACAGACCUGCAAUUCCGGCCCGUCUUUCUCAACCCAGAGCAAAUUGAAACGUCCCGGUCAGAGUCCGAUUUCCAAAGCCUCAUGUUACAUGAGGAAGCCACCAAGAAGAGCAAAGAAAAGUAUCCAGGGAUGGCUCCUCCUCAGGGACGCUUGACUUUCAGGGAUGUGGCUAUAGAGUUCUCUUUCAUGGAGUGGAAAUGCCUAAACCCUGCACAGAGGGCUUUAUACAGGGAAGUGAUGUUGGAGAACUACAGGAACCUGGAGUUUGUGGAUAGCUCUUUAAAAUCCAUGAUGGAGUUCUCAUCACAUGAGCACAGUAAUACAGGAGAAGGGUUCCACACAGGGACAUUGGAAAGACAUAAAAGUUAUCACAUUGGAGAUUUUUGCCUCCCAGAAAUCAAGAAAGAUAUUCAUCACUUUGAGUUUCAGUGGCAAGAAGUUGAAAGAAAUGGCCAUGAAGCACCUGUGACAGAAAAUAAAGAGUUGACAGGUAGUACAGACCGACAUACUCAAAGGCAUGCUGGAAACAAGCCUAUUAAAGAUCAGCUUGGAUCAAGCUUUCAUUCGCAUCUGCCCGAACUGCGCAUAUUUCUGACCGAAGGGAAAAUUAGUAACCAAGUGGACAAGUCUGUCAGUGGUGCUUCCUCAGCUUCGACAUCCCAGAGAAUUUCUGGUAGGCUCAAAACUCAUAUUUCUAAUAAGUAUGGGAAGAAUUUCCUCCAUUCCUCAUUAUCCACACAAAUACAGGAAACAUGCGUGAGAGAAAAACCUUGCCAAAAUGAUGGGUGUGGCAAAGCUUUUAAUUAUAGCUCACUCUUAAGGAGACAUCACAUAACCCAUUCAAGAGAGAAACAAUAUAAAUGUGAUGUCUGUGGCAAGGUUUUUAAUCAGAAGCAAUACAUUGCCUGUCAUCAUAAAUGUCACACUGGUGAGAAAAUUUACAAGUGUAAUGAGUGUGAGAAGACCUUCACUCAGAUGUUAUCCUUUGUAUGCCAUCAUAGACUUCAUACUGGAGAGAAACCUUACAAGUGUAAUGAGUGUGGCCAGACGUUCAGUCAGAAGUCAUUCUUUAGAUGCCAUUGUAGACUUCAUACUGGAGAGAAACCUUACAAGUGUAAUGAGUGUGGCAAGACCUUUGGUCGACAUUCAGCCCUUGUAAUUCAUAAGGCAAAUCAUACCGGAGAGAAACCUUACAAGUGUAAUGAGUGUGGCAAGACCUUCUGUCAGAAGUCAUCCCUUCAGUGCCAUCAUAGACUUCACACUGGAGAGAAAGCUUACAAAUGUGAAGAAUGUGGCAAGGUUUACAUUCGCAGAUCACACCUUGAAAGACAUAGGAGAAUUCAUACUGGAGAGAAACCAUACAAAUGUAAGAUUUGUGACAAGGUUUUCCGGAGUGAUUCAUACCUUGCAGUACAUCAGAGAGUUCAUACUGGAGAGAAACCGUACAAGUGUAAUAAAUGUGGCAGGAGUUUCAGUCGGAAGUCAUCCCUUCAAUACCAUCAUACACUUCAUACUGGAGAGAAACCUUACUCAUGUAAUGAAUGUGGCAAGGUUUUUAGUAGAAGAGAAAACCUUGCACGUCAUCAUAGAGUUCAUACUGGAGAGAAACCUUACAAAUGUAAAGAAUGUGACAGAGUUUUCAGUCGCAAAUCACACCUUGAAAGACAUAGGAGAAUUCACACUGGAGAAAAACCAUACAAAUGUAAGGUUUGUGACAAGGCUUUCCGGAGUGAUUCAUACCUUGCAAACCAUAUGAGAGUUCAUACUGGAGAGAAACCUUACAAGUGUAAUAAAUGUGGGAAGGUUUUUAAUCAAAAAGCACACCUUGCACAACAUCAGAGAGUUCAUACUGGAGAGAAACCUUACAAGUGUAAUGAGUGUGGCAAGGUUUUUAAUCAAAAAACAAGCCUUGCACAACAUCAGAGAGUUCAUACUGGAGAGAAACCUUACAAGUGUAAUGAAUGUGGCAAGGUUUUUAAUCAAAAAACAAACCUUGCAAAACAUCAGAUAGUUCAUACUGGCGAGAAACCUUACAAGUGUAAUGAAUGUGGCAAAGCCUUUACUAGGCAGUCAACACUUACUCACCACCAAGCAAUCCAUGGUGUAGGGAAACUUUACAAAUAUAAUGAUUCUCACAAAGUCCUCAAUAAUGCUACAGUCAUUGAAAAUCAUUAGAGAAUCCAUAGUGAAGUGAGAUCUACAAAUGUAAUAAAUGUGGCAAAUUUUUCAGACAUCGUUCAUAACUUGUAGUUCAUCAGCGAAUCCAUGAUGUAGACAUCAGAGAAUCCAUCCUGGACAGAAAUCUUACCAAUGUCAUAAGGGUGGCAAGGUCUUCAGUCUGUGGUCAUUCCAUGCAGAACAUCAGAAAAUUCAUUUUUGAGACAAUUACUCCAAAUAAAAUGAAUAUAAACAAUCAUAAAGCUUUAAUUGACAUUAGAGUCAAUUCAA